GGUGAAUCGUGCGUUGGGGUGGUUUUUCCCUCGCGAUUUCUCUCUGCGUUGAAAAGAAAAAUAUUUGUGGACCUGAUAUUUGUUUUGUUACCAGCUCGUUUGGGAAAUUUAACGACGAGCGGGCCUUUCCCGAGUAGGUGACAUAAUAUGACGUUAUUACGUCCCCUCGCUGUACCAGACGUAAUCCGUCGUUUAAACACCCUUUGGGCAAUAAGGACCUGAAAUUGAAUUUGCAAUUUCCACCCCCGACGUCCUGAAGGUGCGGAGAACGAGAGUGGUUGCAGUCAAGCGUUCAAGAGGGAGCGAGUUGUGCAGUAAAGAUGCGUGAAACUAGCUCCAGAAAAUCUAGGAUUCCGGUUAGGAUAAAGAGAAAAUUUGUUUUGAAGGAUGGCGGCAAGCUCGAAAUGCAGUCGAAAAUGACACAAAAGGCACCCAAUCCCACUUCCUUUGAGAGUCGAGUGAACGACAGAAUUGUUGAAGUAUCUCUCGAAUCGUCACUAGCCACAUCCGGGAGCUCUUUGGUUACGCUGUCCACGUCCGAGCACGUGUCUAUCGAAGCCCUCGAUGAUUCCUUCGAUGUAAAUUAUACGGGGGGUUUGACCUCGGGGCAAUCCCAGACAGGACGUCAAUGUUAUGACGGAGACGAGGCGUCGGCGGGCGUCGAACUCAUUGGAACCACUAAUCUAAAACCGGAAGAGUGUGACCCAUUGAAAUCGGCCUACCAUGAAGAGGAGAAGGACGGCGUGGAACCGGCGGAAACGAGCGGCAGCACGACGAACGAGUUAGAAAAGGACGAAUUCACUCAUGAGAGCCGGCAUGAAAAGGAGUGGCACUCGUCCGUCCCUGUUUGCCCAACCGAUACUAUAACCUCCAUCGCUUUGAAGAAACAAAAGCCAACGGCUACGUCAUCAAAACAACGUUCCCGCGGCUCUCAGUCCGUCGACGUAGUACCGCCGGUAAACAAUCGUCGUGGUGCCGCUAAUCGAAAACGAGAGAAACGCGUCUCGCACGUGGGCAGCGGGAGUGGUACGGUACCAACUAGAUAUGGCAUUGUCUGCGACAAAAACGCUAAAGGUGCGCGUUGUCCCUCAAACGAGAGCGUUAUCAAACGGUACCGGGGUGGCGGAGAUGAAAUGAAAGAUGGACAUCUGCUGGUCGUACCUGAGAUAACUGUUGCCGCGGAUGUGUGUCAUAGUGCUAGCGUCGAGAUUAAUAUUGGAGAAAGUGGCGAUUUAAAGUUCCGCGCGGCAUCUGCGACAAAGAAGUCCGGUGAGAAUGUCGUGUGUGGUACCAGAGGCGCCCGGAAAAUGCUCGAUAAGUGCUGCGAAAAUGUGAGUUGUGAGGAAAGUGACGGUUCAUCAAACGGUAAUUGUUCGGAACAAGUUUUGCCUUCUUCGAGUAGGGACGCAGUGGAUGUGAGUGGAGAUGAUUGGUUUCAGGACGUAGAACGAUCUAUUGGUCGAAACGGUACGACGAUGAGCAUCGACGGUGAGACCGAAUCUCCUCUAGCCUCGACCGCCGACGGUGCGGAGCGUGGCGUACCGAGCAACUUGUUGAACGACCCCCCGGCUUCCCGGCAGGAUGAGCCUCGCGAAAUUUGCGAAAACUCGCAUCAGGCAAAUUGCCACGAUCAAACCGCGACCUGGAAAAGUGAAAACGUUGAAACUGGCGGAACGUCCGCGACGAACGCCGAGGAAAUCCUCCUUGCCGCUGAUUGUCGUUCGUCGAAAACGAUCCCCGACGAUCCUUCGUCGACCCACGGGGAUCCAUGUGCGUCGGACGGGGUCCCAGAGACGGCCUCAUCGAUCGGAGUCGGCGUUGUCGGAUGCGCAACUUCGCUGAGCUGCAGUCUCGUAUGUACGGCCAAAGGCUCCGCCAGUUUCGCUUGCGACUGUCCGAACUCGCAGGACUCCAGUCCAUCAGCAGCGGCGGUAGCAGCAGUAAAAAAGUGCCGCGACGACAAACUCAACGUCUGUGACUCAACGGUCGGUGACACGGUGCCAAAAGAUGCCACCCGAAGCGACGGAGUCGUAGAACGGCCGCGGAAACGCGAGCAAUUGUGCUGGAGUUUCCGAAACGGUAGGCUAGUCUUCGAUGCUGUCGAGGAGGAGGAAGACGGCAAGAGUGACCUUGACGGUUCAAGGCAUCGGCGGGAACAAGUGGUUGACGCGGCCGACAUCCUCUACAGCAAGGAUAUAAACAAGCGUCCCGAUGAAGGUAGAUCUAGAUUAAAACGUUUGGGAUGCAAGCUUAAAGAAGCUGGACUGACCGACGAUAACCUCGGCGAUGCGGACGUCAAACGAGACUUAGAAGGUGGUUUUGCUCGUAGUGGCUCUUUCGAGGCUCACGCGUACGACCUCGAACUGACUGAGGAUUCGCCACGCGAAACUGUCGUUCCCAAAUAUAUCGAUUACGAUCAAUUUCAAAGAGGCGCCUCGUUCGAAACCAAAGGCGUUCUGAGUUUAGAUUCGAAUCAGAACGUAGUGAACGAAGACGAUGGCGAUCCGGAAGAUCUAAUCCCGGAAGAAUCUCACGGCUUCUCGCAAUUCGACGUGAGCACUUUCCCAGGCUUCCUAGACGAUGAAUCCGACGCGUGCAGCGAUUGCGAAGAAGAAGAAGAACAUUAUAUAGUUAUCAAGCGAGGCAAGAUGCGUGGCGACGGGAGCGGUCUUUCCGAAACUGUCAAACAUAAUCCGGAUCGGGACAACUUGAAGUCGCUCCUGAAGAAGCCGGGACGCGGCAAAGAGAAGAAACCAAAUCGCGUGGUCUUCAACGAGAACAAAAACGAAUUCUUCGACGCCGAUUAUAUUAUCCUUAUCCGCGAGGAGUGCGAUUAUGACGACGAAGACGACGACGGUAUCUGCACCUGUAAUCAGCACGAGAUCGUCCGGUUGACUUGCUGUGAGCCGAAUUGUAACUGCAACCAGGGCUACGAUGGAUUCGACCAGACGCCACCGAGUCCUAAGUUCGCACCGCCGAUCGAGUUCGUGGACGCCGUGACCUUGAGCCCGCCGGAGGGUUACAAAGACCUGGAGCUGGGGGAGGAACAGCUCAUGGCCCUGCAACAGAUGGCGAGGAGGAGCCAACGGACGGCCGUGUGCAGGGAGUGCAGCGCGAGCCAAGAAGAAGCAGCGGUUGAUGAAGGGGACGGCUCGCAGUCGGACGGGGAAAUCGAGGGCCAAACAAAAGAACAAGAGGAGAAGGAAAAGACUGAUCAAAGUCAACAAACUACGCCGACCACGCCACCUAAUUCCGAAAGUCCUUCUAGUCAGAAAUACAUCCUCGAAACAAUCACCAUGACAACGGUAACUCAACAGCAAAUUCUACGCGAAGCGGAAGAGGAGAAAAAACACCUUUCCCAAAACUCCCAGUUCCCGAACGGAUCGCCUAUUGCGGGCAUUCUGAAAGGCGGAAGAUUAUGGAAACAGCAGAGCAACGAUGGAAAUGUCAAAAUAAGCGAACAAAAUUUGACGAACGCCGAAGUGACCACGUCGGAUGACGAAAGCGGCAGCAAACGGUCGGUGCGUUUCAUCGAAUCGACCGAAACAAAGGAAAAGCGCGACGUGUGCGACGGGGCUCCGGAAACGUCCCUCGAAGAGGGAUCGUCUAAACAGCUGCAGCUGGAACCGACAGACAAAAUCGACAACGCUGCCAACAAGCAUCCGACUGAGAAUUCCAGUUCGCCCGAAUCAACGGAAAUGAUGCUGACGUUUAAACUUGGAAGCCACGUGUUGAUUUCCAACAACAGCUUGAAGCCGAAUUCGGCUGUAAGGCAGCUAUUCCCAUGCGCCCAGAGUUUGGCCGCAGCCCAAGGAGUCAGGGAAGAAGAGAACUCCCAACAGUAUUUGGUAACCGCUGAAAGUCUUCGCGCGUUCGAAGAAGCCAAACGCUCCAAAUUGCCGCAGAUCGUUCAUACCGGCGAGAAUGACGAAAACAUAAAGCGAGCGAUCGAGAGGAACACUUUGCGUCGCUCUUUGAUUAGAUACGAACCCCGAAGCAAGAAGCAAGCUUAUAAGACUGAUAAUUCGCUAGUUGAGAGAAUAAAGCAACUCACUUGCGACGUUGACGACAAUGUUAAUCACAUUGAGCACCAGCCGUCUGAAUCGUCCACCGAGACGUCGGAAGACGUCCCGGAUAGUAGCAGAUCCAGUCCACCCGGCGAAGAAUCGAGGAAUUCCCCGGACGUAAGCACUCUAGUCAACAAAAGUCUCGACAAAAGUUUUUCGCCGUCGUCUUCGUCCACGUCUUCCUCCAACUCGUCUUCGAUGUCUUCCGCCUCGAAUUAUCACCAUUUGCGCAAACUUGGUGGUGACAUGGGAAUGUUGCCCGACGGCAAGCAUCGCUUGGAUACUAUUCCGGAUAUACAAAAUAAUUACAGGAGGGAUGCGAAACCGCUGCCCGAUAUUGGGGGUCCUCACAACCAUGAGGCUACCGAUCCAUCUCGACCGCAUCCGGCAGGAAUUCCAGACCUCAGUCACUGUGCCAUAUCAAACAAAAUUAGCUCGUCGUCGACUUCCAGCGAAUCCAGAAGGCAAUUUCUAUCGACGCUUGCUCCCCUUACCGCUUGCGUGUCGAUGGGUAUCGGCCACGGUGAUGAUUACUAUUACCAUUUGAGUAACAGUCAACCAUGUGAUCGUGUAUCGGUAGCGAGUUCCGGUACUGAGUACAGCUUGGAAGAUAUUGACGAGGGCUUGAAGAAUGAAGAAGAAGAUCACAAACGUAUCGCUCCUGACGUCUUGGUCGGAACACCGUCAGCCUCAGAAUCUGGAGAUGAAUUGGCGCUAUUCGUUCAGCAGGACGCGAGCAGGAUCGAAAGGAUUAAAAAGAAAUAUCAACCCGUAGAGCAGCCACAAAAAGACAAAGACGAAGACGACGAGCACGACGACUACGGAUUCAACAAAAGACCGAGCGUGCGCGGCAUUAAACCGCGUUUCGGUACCACCACCGAGAUCCUGCAGCAGAUCCAGAACCAACUGCAACCGCCGUUGCCUCCGCCAGCCAGGAUGGCGUGGCCGUAUUAUUCCGAGAGCGGCUUGACGGAUAACUCGAAACAAAAGAACGCGAACCCGGCUCACCACCCGAGCGCGUACCACUACGGCGCCCCUCAAUACCGUCCCACGUCGCUACAGGACGAGAGUUUGUAUCAGAACUGCGCGAAUCAGAGGUGCGCUUCGCGUGACAUCUACCAGCAGCGCGGCAACGCUAACGUUUAUUCAUCGGUGGUAAGGAUGGGGAACGAUUAUUACCACUCAUUGCCGAGACAAAGGAAUGGAAGACCGCAAUCCCCGCCGCCGAUGGACAUGUCGAAAUCGUUCCAUCAGACGAUGGUGUACAUUCCGUACAACCACAUCGAGGGGUACCAGCCGGUCGCUUAUUACCACCACACGGGCAACGCGGAUUAUGUCACGAGGGUGUCCAGCCAGAACCAGAUCAAUAAGCGUUACGUCGAACCGAUAUACCAGUCGAGAACGCACCAGCAUCCCGACGAACACCAUUACAAUUCCAACGCGGUACCACCCAUUCCGCCGAAACCCGUCGCUAGGGCUCCGUAUCAUGGCAAUCAGCCCCCGCCGCACAUCUUGGCUUCCAAUAGGAGCGAAUCUCCGCUUCCCGGACAAUUUUCCACCGCCAGAUCAACUCAAACUUCCGCCCCAGUUCUAUCUACCUGCGGAUACUACCCGACCAACCCGAGGUAUAGGCCGAUGAUUAACCCCGUGUGGCCUGGCGAGGCGAACUACGUCACUAAAUUGAACAGACACAGUUUUCCAUCUGUGGGGCCGAGAUAUGCGAUGCCGGACAGUAUGUCGUUGACGGAUAGCGAUAGCACCCAUAGCGGUUCGUUAGUGAACGGCUACAGGCAAUCAGGAGACCCGAUGAUGGGCUCACCAACGAAAUCCAGGUUUAUCGAGAGAGGCGUGCCGGAAGGUGCGGCGAGCGUGCAGCCUCAAGACGUAGGUGGUGGUGGUGGUGGUAGUGGUCACAGCAACAGCGGCACCAUGACGUCUCCGACGUCACCUCAGAACCCUCCGGUGCCGACACCACAGAAACCGAUGUUCUACGCCAUGAACGUUUGAACAGGGAAGUCAGUUAGCGUUCCGGUAUUGUAUUUGGUCGCAGCUCAAAGAUGGCGGCGAUCUUUUGGAGGUUGAAUCAUAUCUCGAAGGUUACGGAGGUCGUUUUGCUUCGUCGUCGAAGUCUGAAGGCCGAUCCGCGGCAUAUUUCAUCGUAUACCAUAUAGCUAUAAACUGCUACAUAGCUGAGAGGCGACCUCAACCAGCACGUUGAAAUAGAAAAUGGCACUUUUUUUGCAGGACAUUGUCUCGUGUAUUUCUGAUACUUAAUAUGAAGGUUAAUGUUUAUUUAUAAAAUUGGUUGUCACUCAAUUUAUAUAGAUCUUUUUUAGUCAUUGAAAUAACAUCAACACUAAAAUACUAAAUAUAAAAGUCUUUACUUUUUUAAAACUAUUGGAUCACUUUUGUUAUAGACGUCUAGUGCGUAUGUCAAAACCAGGAAAAAUAUGUACAGAACGGUUCCUUUAUUAUAAAUUAUCUCAUUUUGGAAAAAUAUCAGAUUUGUUUAGAUUUACUUAUACAUUUAAACAUUAUUAAUUUUUCCAUUAUUCUUUUUUUUUCAUCCAUUUGCUUUUCAGCAAAUGUCAAUGCUGACAUUUGACAAUGGAAAAAUACUUUAUUGCUAACAUUUUGAAAUAUACAUCUUUUUUUAAAUAAAUAUCUUUGCACAAGGUGUGUCUCCAUUUGAAAAAAUUGAAUUUUUACAAUUUUUCAAUUUAAUUUGUAAUGUUAGUAUUUGAUCACCUUGCAUUUAUUUAUUUUUAAAAUAACAAUCAACCACUAAAGUAGAUCCCAGCCUAUAAGGGGUAACCCGAAAGGCUUCCAGUCUGAGAAAUGGAUAGAUAAAUAGAUUUGGACAAGUAAACGUUACUUUUGACAGAAAAUUCAAAAUAUGUCAAAAACGCUAUGAUUUAGAUACAGCAUGUUAUACAGGGUGUUUCAAAACAAGUGCUAAAAACUGAACGCUAUAAAUACUGCGCAUAACUAAUGUUGUUAUUUUUUAUCUGAAAAACGGGAAUAAAUAAAACAAUAACAUAUAAACAUAUUUAAAAAAAUGUUUUAGAGAAAUAAUUUAGUUUUGAUUUGCAUUGCUUUGCGUUUAAUUAUUUAUUUGGAAACGGUAGGUAUUAUGAAAAAAACGCAUUAGACAAAAGUGUCUAAAUAAAACAUGAAGUACAAAAAUAUUUCUUAUGUCAAUUUAGUGAAGAAGCAUUAUAUGGGUAGUCUAAUUCAAUCCCCUCCACUCAUAUUAAAAAAAUAAAAAACAGAAAAUGAAGCUUUACAAUAUGAUAUUUUAUUGUUUUAUCUAUUUUUGUUUUUAGGAUCAAUAAUAAAAAACUUAUUUCUUCGCCAUAUUUGUAGCGCGAUAUCUCCCUAAUGCUUGCUUUUUGUCCCAAAGUUUAUUUUAAACAAUUAAUCACCUCCUUCAGUUUUUCGCAUUUGUUUGGAAACAUCCUUGAUAUGAAUUGUGUCUAGACGGUUCUGAGGAAAUUUUUUAAUAUGGUUAUUUGUCCACAAAAACAUUCUGUAUGGGAAAUAAUAUAAUAUUUUAAAAGUUUAGGUGAAUCUAAACAACUUUUGCCUUAAUUUUUUUUAUAUCUUCUAGAGCUUAUGAGAUAAGGUGUAUUCUCAUAAUACACAAGAAAAUUAAAUAACAUACUAUUCCAUUAAAAAACACUAGAAUUGUUCUCGAUUUCUAACACAAAAUUUAUUUAUCACUUUUUUAUCAUCUUAUCUACGUUAGAUUAUUAUUGACAUAAAAGAUGCCCUUAUACAAGUUUGUACAAGUACGUGCUGGCUGAAAAAAUUAUUAACGACAGGCAAUACAGUAGUUUAUAGGUAUAUGCGGGAUACCCAAAACUUAUUUGUAGGUUAUAAUAACCAUUGUGUAAGAAUUUAUGGGCAGAAAUAUUGUAUUGUUGCCCCAGUGGGCAACGUGACAUUUUAUCGUAUAACACUUCGAUGUGCUUGUUACUCAAAAAUAUUUAUUGACAUUAGUAGCGAUUGGACGUAAAUUGUUUUGGCCAAAUUAAACUUUAGCUGUUUAUCGUUUGGAGGCGUGACUGAGCGUCACCGAGCUUCGACUCGUUUUCCGUUCGUAGACCAAAAAAUAAUGAAAACCCCGACCAACGCUUAGAUCGGUAAACGUUAUUUUCCGUUACCAAAUCUCUCUCACACUCACACAGGCGUAUAGUUCUCGAAUAGUUUUACGGCCCAGUACUUUAAUCUAGGUGUAAAUUUGUGCGGUUUUUUAGUGUAACGCAUCAGAUAUAUAGAGUAGUAGAGUCAUUGUUGCCAAAAAGAAAAUGAGAUUUAAUUACCAAAGUAUUACGUAGUUAGGUAAGUGUUAAUGACCAAAUACUAAAUGAAACGAGUCGUGUUUUCAUCUAUAUUUGAGAGGGUGUGGUUAAGUCGAUUACGAGUUUGUCGUUUAAAUUUUACGAUUCCGAUCCUUGCGUGGCAAUUUCCCAAACCGGACAAUGCUUUUGUAUCGACAAAAAAUACUUUGUGGUGGAUUUUGUGCGGAUAGAGCUCUCUAUUUAGUUCGAAUUGACUAUAGUGUCCCCAAAGUUAAAAUUCUGUUUUUUUCGUUCUAGUACUUGAUUAAUGGUUUUUGUUCUCACACUUUGCUAAAUUAAAGGUUGGUGCGCAGUGAAAUGUAUCCGUCGUCUCAGCACGAACGGUUUUCAUAAAAAUCCCGUUAGGGGGCACUUUCGUAAAUGGCAUAGGGUGUGUUAAUAUUCUCGCGCGGUGUGUUAAGAAUCAUUACCAAAAUUGUGAUUAAAAAGUGACAAAGUUACUUUUAAGUUAGAAAAAGAAUUUAGCUUUAAUGUACCCUUAAAUGUAACUUAAAGUAUUUAUUUUAACAAUAGCGAAGAAAAAAAAAGAAUUAUAUACAUAUUAUUAUAUUUAACAUGAAGUGAGAAAAAUUUAGAGAAAUUAGAAUCGGUCUAAUGUAAUUUUUGUAAUUUAUCUAGAGUCGAGUAAGGCAGGGGAGGUCGCAAUGUUGCUCACGAAAAGAUAGAAUGGCAUUUUUUUUUAGUAGGUUCGAGGUAUCGCCGAAGGCAUUGUUAUUUUGUUAAUACUUCUUUACGUUUAAUUAUAAUUUUUCUAGUGUUUUAUACUGUUGAUAGUUAUUGAAACCAUUGAUUUACAAAUUAUUUAUAUUAUCUACCUUAA